AACGGAUUAAUUUAUCAUUAUUUUUUUAGCUAAUCGGGGGAAGAAUUGCUCUCAAGGCUGAACUUGCUCGGAUUCACAUUGUUCGUUCAUCUUAUCAUCUACAUGUAAAAUCUUGCUUUGCACAGUACACAUAAUCACACAGACACACACUACACAUAAACACAUUCUCCUAAUUAAAUCUGAUCCAGUUUCUUGAAAACCCCUAAAUUCAAUUCUUGAAAUUGUGCUCAAUCUCCAUUUUGAAUCCAUUUUUAUUGAUUAAAUCAUGCUGGGUUUUGGCUUAUCCAUGUUAAUAGCUCUUAAAGCAACAACCCUUUUCAUAUUAUUUGCUUAUGUUAGAACCCUAGGUUUUGCUCUACUUUCUAUACCUAUUUUAUACGCAUCUCUUGUAUCUUUCCUAGUUUCCAUAGCUUCUCAUCCCUCAAUUAAUCUCCCAUUGCUUUUGGGCAAGUCUUCAGAUGGGACUUUCCCCAUUUGGUCUCAAAUUAUGUUUAGUCCUUACUUGUAUUUUGUCCGGUUUUUUUCGGCGUUGAGGAGACUGACUAGUGGGGAGCCUCCUUAUAGUGAGGUUUGUGAUGGGUUGUUUGUUGGUGGGUGGCCUUCUUCUUUGGAGAAGCUGCCACCGGGGAAUCCGGCUAUUAUUGAUUGUACUUGUGAGUUGCCUAGGAAGAAGGAAGUUAGUGGUCUUGCAUAUUUGUGUGUGCCGGUUUGGGAUACUAGGGCGCCUCAGCCGGCUGAGAUUGAAUCAGCGGUGAGGUGGGCGUGCAGGAAGAGGAGUCAGAAUAUACCGAUUUUUGUUCAUUGUGCUUAUGGCCAUGGUAGAAGUGUCGCAGUGAUGUGUGCUCUAUUGGUAGCACUGGGAUUGGCUGAAGACUGGAAAAACGCUGAGAAGAUGAUCCGUGAAAGACGGCCUUAUAUACGUAUGAAUUCUCUGCACCGGAAUGCCUUGGACGAAUGGUCAAAGAACCGAAUAUCUUUUCCUAGUAAGAAAUGAAGGAUAUCAUGUGGGUUUGUCUGCAUUUUUGAUUUAUAUAUCUUAUCAUUUAGAAGCCCCAUGUUUCGGCACAUCCUUGUUGAUCACAGCACGACGUCUUUUUCGAUUAUCUCAUGUUCAAUUAGACCUCUUGAUUGUAAUGUGAACGGAGAUGAUCAUGCUAUACCAGCAGUAACACUGCAGGCAUUCUUUGUCCA